AUGACCAUCGACAAUGAAAUAAGCGGAAGAUUGGCCCUCGUGACAGGGGCCUCAGGCGGCAUCGGAGCAGCAUGUGCUCGAGACCUCUUCGCUCAGGGGGCCUCCCUAGCCUUGACAUACUCCUCCAACAAGACACCCGUCGACGAGCUCAUCGAAGAACUCCGCCCCAGCGCCAAUGGACGAAAGUUGACCGCGCACAAAGCGGACAUGACCUCGGACGAAGAUCUGAAGAAACUCUAUGAUGAUAUCAAAUCUGAGCAUGGACAAGGCCCGGAUAUUCUCAUUGCCAAUGCAGGGUAUGGCAAACGGACGUCGGAUAUCUUAGACAUCGAUAUCGAAGAAUGGGACUACACAAUCAACUGCAACCUCCGCGCGAGCUUCCUCCUAACCAAACUCGCCGUCGCCCACAUGAUCGAGCAGAACUGGGGCCGCAUCAUCUACAUCUCCUCCAUCGCGGCGGGGGGCACCUCGAUCAACGGCUGCCACUACUCGGCCUCCAAAGCCGGCGUGCAGGGCCUCUCCAAGAACCUCGCCAUCAAGCUGGCCAAGCACGGCAUCACCUGCAACGAUGUGGCGCCGGCUAUGAUCACCGGCACGGGCAUGAUUCCGGACGAGGAGUUCUUGAAGGGCACGCCGGGUGAUGUGAAGAAUAUCCCUGUUGGGAGGGCUGGUUCGACGCAGGAGUGUGCGAAUGUGGUGACGAUGUUGUGUAAGACGGGGUAUAUGACCGGUCAGAGUAUUUUGAUUUCGGGUGGGUUGAAGUAG